AUGCAGCUUUACCAGGAGCUAUUAUGCACAUUGUUCCUAAUAUGGGCAGCCGUUUUGGGGACGGAUGCAUAUAGUCAAAUUCCUUUGCGGUCAGAGACUGACAUAGGCGCUCGCAAAGUUGCUAUUAUAGGUGCUGGCUCUGCCGGGGCAUCGACUGCGUACUAUCUUCGUCAGUUUGCAGAUUACUCGGAUAUUCCCUUGAAUAUCACGGUGUUUGAGCGCAGUCAUUAUGUCGGAGGAAGAUCAAUAACUGUUGAUGUCUUUAACGACCCUCGGUAUCCAGUGGAGCUGGGAGCCUCAAUCUUCGUGUCCGUGAACUACAACCUCAUGGAGGCGGCGAAAAGGUUUGAUCUCAAAAUCUCUGGCGCGCCUCAGAGUCGUCCAGAAGAGAGCCAGGCAAUGUUAGGAAUAUGGGAUGGAGAACGUUUCGUCUAUGUGCAGAGCCAUUCUAUGACAUGGUGGGACACUGCGAAACUCCUGUGGCGAUAUGGACUGGCCCCGAUACGCACGCAGCGGCUUACAAAGAACGUUGUUGGGAAGUUCUUGAAUCUGUAUAAACCGCCAUACUUUCCUUUUCAGUCUCUGUCUUCUGCUGUGGUUGAACUUGAGCUCCACAAGGCUACGGCUGUUACUGGUGCGCAGUUUUUGGAAGCAAACGGCAUUUCUGACAGUUUCUCAAGUGAGAUUAUCCAAGCAAGUACCAGAGUCAACUACGGGCAAAAUCUUGGCUUGAUUCAUGGUUUGGAGACCAUAGUUUGCAUGGCAACGGAUGGUGCUGUCGCAAUUGAGGGCGGGAACUGGCGCAUCUUCUCCGGGAUGCUCGAUUUCUCUGGCGCAAAACUUGCUUUGAACACCACAGUCACAUCUAUCACACGUAAUGACGACGAUACUCUAACGCUCUCACACAUAACAAACAACAGUCCUCCAUCCGAAACGACCUUUGACGAUGUCGUGAUUGCGGCACCGUACCAGUCGAGUGGGAUUGAAAUAUCUCCAGCAUUUGAGCGCGUUCCUGACAAGAUUCCAUAUGUGAAACUAUACGUGACGCUAUUUGCAUCACCUCAUCAGAUUUCUCAAGCGUACUUCAAUCUAUCGAACCAAAAUGAAGUGCCAGAAAUGAUCUUAACCACACUGCCAAAAGGGGUGGACCUGGGUUCUCGCGAAGAUGGCGUGGGCCCGACUGGAUUCUGGAGUAUUAGCUUGCUGCGAGUAGUCGAUGCUCUGGUAGAAGGCUCUCUCCAAAAUCAUUAUGUUUACAAGGUUUUUUCACCCGAAAGACUAUCCGCAGAAUUUGUGGCUUCCAUACUCGGCGUCGAUUCACCUGCGGAAUCCGAGAAUACAACGAUUGGGGAUCUUCCAAGUCACCACGUCUCCUGGUUCCACGAAAAGACCUGGCAUUCUUACCCAUACGAGUACCCUCGCCAGACAUUUGAGGAGUCCAAGCUCGAGCGCAAUGUUUGGUAUACUGGUGGCAUCGAGAGCUUCAUUUCGACCAUGGAAACUAGCUCUCUUAUGGGAAUGAAUGUUGCUGGGCUGAUGGCGAACGAGUGGCCAGAGAUACUCCGCCCAAGCAAGCGGGUGAGCUGGAGCAGGUGGUUUGAACAACGCAACACCGAGUUAUAG